AUGGCGGAGAAGGGCAAAGGCAAGGCCGACGAGCACCAGAAGCCCGAGGAGCACAAGAAGCCGGAGGAUCACAAAAAGCCCGAGGAGCACAAAAAGGACGAAAAGGGCCCAGAGGCCGAGCAUCCACCCGUGAAGGAAAAGUCACCGCAGCCCAAGGAUGAGGUGGGCACCAGGAAGAAGUGGCGCCGCUAUGUGUGGGAAUUCAAAAACAGCAACAAAGAGUUCUGGGUCAUGGGACACGGCGAGGUCAAGUUCCUGAGUCUGGGCUGCCUGAUAGCGGCGCUGGUCCUGUUUUCUGGGUUCAGCGUGCACCCUGUCCUGCCACUGGUCAUCACCAUGGAGCUGUCUGUCCUCAUCUUCUUCAUCUUGAUGUACACCUUCGCCAUCAACAGAUACAUGCCCUUCAUACUGUGGCCCGUUUCAGACCUUCUCAAUGACCUGGUUGCCUUCUGUUUCCUCACGGGGAUUGUGGUCUUCGCGGUGAGAAGUCGGCCCACAAUGCACAUGCACUACUUCGUAGCCAUUGUCUUUUCUGGCCUGGCUGGAAUAUUUUUUCUCAUCGAUGUGUGCCUUCAAAAAAACCAUUUCAAGGCCAGGAAAGCCAAGCCAACCAAUCUGGUUCCUCCUCCACCAAAGGAAAAGCUCCCAGAAGAGACCAAGGGAAAAGAAACAGUGCCUGAGGCACACAAGGGAAAGGAGGCAGCAGCAGCAGCACCACCAGCACCACCAGCACCACAGGCCAAGGCAGAAGCGCCCAAGGGAAAAAAGAAGUAA